AUGCACAUCAUCGAUGAACCUAUGAGAAUACAUGUUCGAGAGAUUCUUAUUGUUUAUUUUUGUUUCUUUCUUUUUUUACGAGAACAACCAUAUGUAUGCAAAUUUUGCAAUCGAAGCUUUUCUAUCUCAUCAAAUCUACAACGGCACAUAAGAAAUAUUCAUAAACGCGAACGACCAUUUCGUUGUACACACUGUGAUAAAUGCUUUGGACAACAAACAAAUCUUGAUCGACAUAUGAAAAAACAUUUGUCACAAUCAACAUCAUCCUCAUUGAUAGCGGCACAAUUCGAAAGAAAUACAGCAAAUCCCUUGUCACAAAUUCCGUAUCCAUCAUCAAUACCAUUAUCAUCGUUUAAUUUAAAUGGAAAUUUACCACAGCAUUCAACAGACGAUGAAGAUUCAAGUGAAUUAUCAGAUGAAGAUGAUGAAGAUGAAGAAAUCGAAGAAGAUGUCGAUGGUGAAGAAGAUGAUGACUUAGAAACGAAUUCACUAUCAAUUGGAGAUACUGAUGAAACUGGUCAACAACAAGCAACAUCAUCUUCAACAUAA